AUGCGGUAUGGUUUCCGCCCCGCCGUUCGAUCUGCUCUUUUUUUUGGCGUUCUAUUAGCCAUUAUUGAAUGGGCUGGGAGCAUACUAAGGGAUUGGCUAUUCAUUUGCUUCAUGGCAGCCAUCACAUCUUGCUUUGGUCAGAUUUUAUCUUUAUCAGUUGGAGUCUCAGACAUCCACCAACUAUCAACCAAUCCAGGACAUCCUUUUGCUAUUGGUCUUACUAUGGCAAAGCUUGCUGCUUUUACAGUGGAUGAAAAGGGGAAUGAAACAUUUGACACCAGUGGUGCACUAACUGUGCAUGAGAUGCUAUCACAGAUGAACCCCACAUUGGUAAUGAGUGAAAAAAACUUGCAAGAUGAAAACACAAAACCUGCACCUAUGCUUAUAUCAUUAGUGUUACAGAACUAUAGGGGACACGUGGACCAUUGGGUUGAGUCAUAUCAGGUACCUGUUCCUGCACUAAAGGAACAUAUUGCUUCUGUUACUGCUGUAUUGUCUGAACAGCAACGUUUAAUCUAUCGUGGCAAAGUUCUAAAAGAUGAUCAGCUCCUUUCAGCUUAUCAUCCCAAUUACGAUUUUAGGUGUGACAUUAGAGUGUUUUAA